CGCGUAAACCUUGUUUUCAGACUAAACUUGCCUCCUCCCCCAAAAAAACUCAGAUCUCUCUCUCAAUUUCUGUUAUUCUCCAACAAAUUCCGGCGCCAUUAACACCCACACUUUUCUUCGCUGCAUCCACACAAUCGGACAUUGCUGCGAAUCUUCAAAGUCCAGUCCAGUCCAGUCUGGUUCUUGAUACUUAGUGAGUUAAUAACAACCGGUCAUGGCGAAAUAUUACGAUAUCGAUGACAUCUUAGCAGAUGAAGAGCUCGUUCCAGCGGUGUUCCUCGAAGCAGUAAACGGAGUUGGUUUACUUCAAUCGAAUGAAACAAACAGGAUAGAACCUAGGUCAAAGGUAGAAUUACCGUUCUGGCUCGCUAGUGAACUGCACCUGAGACAGGCAGCAUCCGUCAACGUUCCUCCAUGUUAUAAUAAGAAAACUCGAGAAGAAAUUGGGGCUGAUGGUGCACACGUGGACUUAAGAUCUCGAUGCUCGUAUUUUUAUCAGUUAGGAUGCAAGAUAGUGCAACUGAUCGGUGACAAAACUAUUGGAUCUUUACUCUUGGUUGCUUUCCAGAUAAGGUAUAAGGAAGUUUUGAUCAAGGCGCAUACAUCAGCAUCGAUACUGGGCCCGAAGUUUUUAUCGCUAUUAACGAAAGAAGAAACAAAAUUGUAUGAUGCUGCUAAGUCAUCAACUGCGGCAUUUAAGAGCUGGCGUAUGGGUGGACCGAGGUUUCAAAAGGCUUCUGUUCUUGGUAGAAAGAGGAAACCGAUUGGUGAGUAAUGUUCAUUAGGUGAACCAAGUGCUGCUAAUUAGCCGUUAGCCACUGCUCGUGUGGCUCACAUGCUUAUGGUUGGGUUUAAUAUUGUUGUAAAUCCGAGGAGUUUGGUUUGUCAUUCACAGUUCUUGUAAGUUGAGACGAUCUGACACGGUGUUGUGUCUGUUUAUCUGGACUUUGGUAUUUACUGUUGAAGUUUUGUUUCUAUCAAAUGUAUUAAUGACAUGCUAUUGGUAAAUUUGACAUUGUUA